UAAAGUGUUCGAAAUGCGUGCAAGAAGGACGCCAGCCGCAAAGUUCGAGGCGGAAUUUUGUGGCGCAAAGGAUCAGCGACGACUUCACCUCUCGACUGCUUGCAAUAUGCAAGUAAAAGUUGUUCUUCGCAGACUAACAGAUGUCAGCAAAUAUCUUGGUCCUGAGUGGCAGGAGUCAGAGUCUCCUGGCGUAAAAGAGAAAGUUGAGCACCUGCAAAUGAAACGGGAAGAGCCAGAGCAACCUCAACAGCAAGAGAGAGAAGUACAACCUCCAAUCAAAAAGGAGGAGGUAGAGCUGCCAUACGUUAAAAAGAAGGACGUUAUCACCAUGUCAAGUGGUGAGCCCUUGAAUAGCAAGUACGGUCCGAGUGAGGCCAGUAGAGGGACUGAGCCUCCAGGCAGCAGCUCAACAGAAGGAUUGCAAGCACACAUUUUCAUCGCACCAUCAGAUAGAAAUGGAACCACGUCACACUCGCCUUACAAAGAAGAUGGUCAUAAGAAAUCGCACCAUAGAAAAACCUUUGCUAAUAACGAUACUUGCCGUAUGCAUAUGAGGAGCCACACUGAUGAAAAUCCUCUUGUCUGCUCAGUUUGUGGAAAAAGAUUCAGUCAUAAGAGUGCCUUGAAAGUACACACAAGAACCCACACUGGUGAAAAACCUUUUUCCUGCUCAGUUUGUGGUCAAAGAUUCACUCGAAUUCACCACUUAAAAGAACACACAAGAACCCACACUGGCGAAAAACCUUUUUCCUGCUCAGUUUGUGGUCAAGGAUUCACUCAAAUUCACAACUUAAAAGUACACACAAGAACCCACACUGGUGAAAAACCCUUUUCCUGCUCAGUUUGUGGUCAAGGAUUCGCUCAAAUUCAGCACUUAAAAGUACACACAAGAACCCACACUGGCGAAAAACCUUUUUCCUGCUCAGUUUGUGGUCAAAGAUUCGCUCGAAUUCACCACUUAAAAGAACACACAAGAACCCACACUGGUGAAAAACCUUUUUCCUGCUCAGUUUGUGGUCAAGGAUUCAGCCGCAAGAGUACCUUAGAAGUCCACACAAGAACCCACACUGGUGAUAAACCUUUUUCCUGCUCAGUUUGUGGUCAAGGAUUCAGCCACCAGGGUACCUUAAAAGUCCACACAAGAACCCACACUGGUGAAAAACCUUUUUCCUGCUCAGUUUGUGGUCACCGUUUCACUAUAAAGAAAUCCUUACAAAUACACACAAGAACCCACACUGGUGAAAAACCUUUUUCCUGCUCAGUUUGUGGUCACCGUUUCACUGAAAAGAAAUCCUUACAAAUACACACAAGAACCCACACUGGUGAAAAACCUUUUUCCUGCUCAGUUUGUGGUCAAAGAUUCGCUCGAAUUCACCACUUAAAAGAACACACAAGAACCCACACUGGUGAAAAACCUUUUUCCUGCUCAGUUUGUGGUCAAGGAUUCAGCCGCAAGAGUACCUUAGAAGUCCACACAAGAACCCACACUGGUGAUAAACCUUUUUCCUGCUCAGUUUUUGGUCAAGGAUUCAGCCACCAGGGUACCUUAAAAGUCCACACAAGAACCCACACUGGUGAAAAACCUUUUUCCUGCUCAGUUUGUGGUCACCGUUUCACUAUAAAGAAAUCCUUACAAAUACACACAAGAACCCACACUGGUGAAAAACCUUUUUCCUGCUCAGUUUGUGGUCACCGUUUCACUAUAAAGAAAUCCUUACAAAUACACACAAGAACCCACACUGGUGAAAAACCUUUUUCCUGCUCAGUUUGUGGUCACAGUUUCACUGAAAAGAAAUCCUUACAAAUACACACAAGAACCCACACUGGUGAAAAACUUUUUUCCUGCUCAGUUUGUGGUCAAAGAUUCACUCAAAUUCACCACUUAAAAGAACACACAAGAACCCACACUGGUGAAAAACCUUUUUCCUGCUCAGUUUGUGGUCAAGGAUUCAGCCGCAAGAGUACCUUAGAAGUCCACACAAGAACCCACACUGGUGAAAAACCUUUUUCCUGCUCAGUUUGUGGUCAAGGAUUCAGCCAUCAGGGUACCUUAAAAGUCCACACAAGAACCCACACUGGUGAAAAACCUUUUUCCUGCUCAGUUUGUGGUCACCGUUUCACUAUAAAGAAAUCCUUACAAAUACACACAAGAACCCACACUGGUGAAAAACCUUUUUCCUGCUCAGUUUGUGGUCACCGUUUCACUAUAAAGAAAUCCUUACAAAUACACACAAGAACCCACACUGGUGAAAAACCUUUUUCCUGCUCAGUUUGUGGUCACAGUUUCACUGAAAAGAAAUCCUUACAAAUACACACAAGAACCCACACUGGUGAAAAACUUUUUUCCUGCUCAGUUUGUGGUCAAAGAUUCACUCAAAUUCACCACUUAAAAGAACACACAAGAACCCACACUGGUGAAAAACCUUUUUCCUGCUCAGUUUGUGGUCAAGGAUUCAGCCGCAAGAGUACCUUAGAAGUCCACACAAGAACCCACACUGGUGAAAAACCUUUUUCCUGCUCAGUUUGUGGUCAAGGAUUCAGCCAUCAGGGUACCUUAAAAGUCCACACAAGAACCCACACUGGUGAAAAACCUUUUUCCUGCUCAGUUUGUGGUCACCGUUUCACUGAAAAGAAAUCCUUACAAAUACACACAAGAACCCACACUGGUGAAAAACCUUUUUCCUGCUCAGUUUGUGGUAAAAAAUUCUAUAAAAAAUGCAACUUGAAAAAGCACACAAGAACCCACACUGGUGAAAAACCCUUUCCCUGCUCAGUUUGUGGUCAAGGAUUUGAUCACAAGGAUCGGUUUAAGAGACACGUGUGUGUGUUGGUGUGAGAGGCA